GUAAGCCUUUUGAAUGUAGUCAAUGUGGGAAGGCCUUCAGGAGCAAGAAGCAUCUUGCUGUGUGUCAGAGACUUCAUCCUGGAGAGAAACCUUAUGAAUGUAGUGUAUGUGGCAAGGCCUUCUGGAAGAAGUCACAUCAUACUGAGCAUCAGAGACUUCAUACUGGAGAGAAACCUUACAAAUGUAGUAAAUGUGGAAAAGCCUUUAGGAUUAAGUCAGAGCUUACUGUGCAUCAGAGAAUUCAUACUGGAGAGAUACUUUAUGAAUGCAAGGAGUGUGGGAAGGCUUUCCACUAUAAUUCACAUCUUACUCGACAUCAAAAAAUUCAUAUUGGAGAGAAAUCUUAUGAAUGUAGUGAAUGUGGGCGGGCCUUCAGGUUUAAGUCAGAGUUUACUGUACAUCAGAGAAUUCAUACGGGAGAGAUGCUUUAUGAAUGUAAGCAGUGUGGGAAGGCUUUCCCCUAUAACUCAAAUCUCAUUGAACAUCAAAAAAUUCAUACUGGAGACAAACCUUAUGAAUGUAGUGAAUGUAGGAAGGCCUUCAGGAGUAAGUAUCAACUUACAGUGCAUCAGAGAAUGCAUACUGGAGAGAAACCUUAUGAAUGUAGUGAAUGUGGGAAGACCUUCAGGAAUAAAGAUUAUGUUACAGUGCAUCAGAGAGUUCAUACUGGAGAGAAACCUUAUGAAUGUAGUGAAUGUGGGAAGGCCUUCAGGAGUAAGUCAGAGCUUACUGUGCAUCAGAGAAUUCAUACUGGAGAGAAACCUUAUGAAUGUAGUGAAUGUGGGAAGGCCUUCAGGAGUAAGUCAGAGCUUACUGUGCAUCAGAGAAUUCAUACUGGAGAGAAACCUUAUGAAUGUAGUGAAUGUGGGAAGGCCUUCAGGAGUAAGUCAGAGCUUACUGUGCAUCAGAGAAUUCAUACUGGAGAGAAACCUUAUGAAUGUAGUGAAUGUUUGAAGGCCUUCAGGAUUAAGUCAAAGCUUACUGUGCACCAGAGAAUUCAUACUGGAGAGAUGCUUUAUGAAUGCAAGGAAUGGGGGAAGGCUUUCUACUCUAAUUCAUAUCUUACUCGACAUCAAAAAAUUCAUACUGGAGAGAAACAUUAUGAAUGUAGUGAAUGUGGGAAAGCCUUCAAGAGUAAGUCACAGCUUACUGUGCAUCAAAGUAUUCAUACUGGAGAGAAGCCUUAUGAAUGUAGUGAAUGUGGAAAGGCCUUCAGGAUUAAGAAAAAACUUACAUUGCAUCAGAGUAUUCAUACUGGAGAGAAACCUUAUGAAUGUAGUGAAUGUAGGAAGGCCUUCAGGAGUAAGUAUCAACUUACAGUGCACCAGAGAGUUCACACUGGAGAGAAACCUUAUGAAUGUAGAGAAUGUGGAAAGGCCUUCUACAAUAAGCAAAAUCACACUGUGCAUCUGAGAAUUCAUACUAGAGAGAAACCUUAUGAAUGUAGUGAAUGUGGGAAAGCCUUCAAGAGUAAGUCACAGGUUACUGUGCAUCAAAGUAUUCAUACUGGAGAGAAGCCUUAUGAAUGUAGUGAAUGUGGAAAGGCCUUCAGGAUUAAGAAAAAACUUACAUUGCAUCAGAGUAUUCAUACUGGAGAGAAACCUUAUGAAUGUAGUGAAUGUAGGAAGGCCUUCAGGAGUAAGUAUCAACUUACACUGCACCAGAGAGUUCACACUGGAGAGAAACCUUAUGAAUGUAGAGAAUGUGGAAAGGCCUUCUACAAUAAGCGAAAUCACACUGUGCAUCUGAGAAUUCAUACUAGAGAGAAACCUUAUGAAUGUAGUGAAUGUGGAAAGGUCUUCAGCAGGAAGCCAAAUCUUACUGUGCAUCAAAGUAUUCAUACUGGAGAGAAGCCUUAUGAAUGUAGUGAAUGUGGAAAGGCCUUCAGGAUUAAGAAAAAACUUACAUUGCAUCAGAGUAUUCAUACUGGAGAGAAACCUUAUGAAUGUAGUGAAUGUAGGAAGGCCUUCAGGAGUAAGUAUGAACUUACAGUGCACCAGAGAGUUCACACUGGAGAGAAACCUUAUGAAUGUAGAGAAUGUGGAAAGGCCUUCUACAAUAAGCAAAAGCACACUGUGCAUCUGAGAAUUCAUACUAGAGAGAAACCUUAUGAAUGUAGUGAAUGUGGAAAGGCCUUCAGGGGUAAGUCAGAUAUGACUCGUCAUCAGAAAAUUCAUAGUGGAGAGAAGCCUUAUGAAUGUAGUGAAUGUGGGAAGACCUUCAGGAAUAAAGGUUAUGUUACAGUGCAUCAGAGAGUUCAUACUGGAGAGAAACCUUAUGAAUGUAGUGAAUGUGGAAAGGCCUUCAGGGGUAAGUCAGAUAUGACUCGUCAUCAGAAAAUUCAUAGUGGAGAGAAGCCUUAUGAAUGUAGUGAAUGUGGGAACGCCUUCAGGAGUAGGUCAGUGCUUACUGUACAUCAGAGAAUUCAUACUGGAGAGAAACCAUAUGAAUGUAGUGAAUGUGGGAAGGCCUUCAGGAGAAAGUCAGAACUUAAUGUGCAUCACAGAAUUCAUACUGGAGAGAAACCUUAUGAAUGUAAUGAAUGUGGAAAGGCCUUCAGGAUUAAGAGAAAACUUACAAUGCAUCAGAGAGUUCACACUGGAGAGAAACCUUAUGAAUGCGGUCAAUGUCAGAAGGCUUUCAAGAGAAAGGCAUAUAUUACUGUGCAUCAGAAAAUUCAUUCUUGAGACAUUGUUUAUGAAUGUAAAGAGUGUGGGAAGGCUUUCCUCUACAGCUCAGAUCUUACUCAACAUAAUAAUAUUCAUGCUGGAGAGAAACCCAAUGA